GUCUCUCUCCCUCUAUUAUCUCUCCCUCUCUCGCUCAAACACUCACACACAGGCCAUAUGACUGAGUCAAGCUCAGUUUUUAGUUUGUAGCCGAGUUGAGAUAAGGCUUUCUGGGAAAUGCAGCCUGUUGGACAGCAUUCCAGUUAGAAAUAACCAUGUGGGCUCAACAGCUGGGACUUUCUGUAACGCUCUGAGACACUUGGAUAUAAAAAGUCAUCUUUGUAAGAUGUCCCUGAUGGCUGUGUCUGCCCCUCGGUCGUCUGUGUUUACGUUUGAGUCUACAGUUCAUUCCUCCAAUGUGCUGCUGCGUCUGGACGAGCAGCGUCGUCGUGACACGCUGUGUGAUGUUACCGUGGUGGUGGAAGGUCAGAGUUUCAGAGCCCACCGCUCAGUGCUCGCUUCCUGCAGCGAGUACUUCACACAGAGGAUCUCCUCUCUCACACAGCAUGGAGCGGUUGUCAGUUUGCCACAGGAGGUGACAGUCGCUGGCUUUGAACCCUUGCUGAAGUUUGCCUACACCUCCAAGCUCCUCUUUAGCAAAGAUGACGUGUUAGAUGUACGCAACGCAGCCUCCAUUCUUGGUUUCAGAGACCUGGACGAGGCGUGUUUUGACUUCCUCCUCCCUAAGUUCUUCUCCAGUUCCCAGGGCUCUGGUCCCUUUCCAAGAAAGACCUGCUGUAAAAAGAAAUGUGAGAGUCAAUUAUCAAAAGACACUGUAGACUGUGACGGUGUUUUGUUGGAUGAGAAAGAAGUCAAACCAGUUGCUGAGUCACCGUUUCAGCAGGAAGUGGCUGUGCUGUGUAACAAAUCUUUCAACGACCAAAGCCAGAGCACUUUAGGCACUCUAACACCUGUAGCUGAGGGGACGAAUUACCUUUUUCACCAAGGUCCAAAGUAUCGCAAGUUCCAGCAAGCCUGUGGGAAAGAAGCCUGUUUCCCAGAGAAAAGUGUGAACAAUCCGGUCUCGGUUAUCAGUAAUGGCUGUGACCUCUCCUGCUCUCCAUGCUGCAGCAGUAAGACUGAAAGUGAGGCUGAAUUUCCUGGAAAUUCUUCCUCAUAUCUUGUCAGACAGAGCCAAUGUGGGGCUGAUGACUCAAGCAAGUCUGAGAUACAAGUCAAGACAACAGAGGCUGAUACUGUUAAGAAGGAAAAGGAUGAAAUGCAGGAAAAAUGGAGGGAAAAGGUAAAAGAAAUGUGUAUGGAGGAAGACAUUAGUUUUCCAGACUUUUACAAAGUCACACCAGUCGCCUCAGGGCCAAGUACAAGGUCUUGUGAAGGGCCACCAGGGUUAAUAUUACACCAUUGCCCCUUAAAGACCCUCAGUGACAGGCCUGCAAUCAGUGGGUCAGUAGGGCACGAGACGUUAGUCAUGGAUUUUACAGAGGGUGAAAAAAUGAAGGACUUUGGUGCUUUAGUACCCAUCCAUCAGGAGGAAAAGACAGAGCAGGGAAAGUCAGAUGGUGAGAUAGAAAGAGGUCAAACAGGCAGCAUGGAGACAGCGGCCAUGUUCCUGAAUAAUGCCAGAGAAAGGAGCACAGUGGAGAGGGAGGUGGCUGAGCACCUCGCACAGCGUUUGGGGUCUGACGGCCACUCAUCUCAACCAAACUUACAUCAAAGCUCCAAUAAAAAAGGAAGCACAUCUUUGGAGUGGCUCCACCUCAAUAUCAGCUCCACCACAAGUAGCGGGUGCCCCUUCUUCCAAGAUCUGGACCGGGGAAAAUGUCUAUGGAAGGGGGCAGAGCUGUCUGAGUGCGAGGGGGCAUCUCAGUCUGGAGUGUCGUCUUUUAACUCGGGAGAGGACGGAGACUCAGGAACGGAAACAGAGGGAGAUAGUGAGGCCUCUGCGAGAGAGAAGGCCAGACAGAUGCAGUUGCCCUUCCCUGUUGACUGGAUUAUUGAUCUGAGCAGAAAUGACUUCCAGCAGCUCCUGAAGCAACAGGUGUUCACUCGUGAACAGCUGGAGUUUAUCCAUGACAUGAGACGGCGCAGCAAGAACCGCCUCGCUGCUCAGCGGUGUCGCAAGAGGAAACUAGACUGCAUUUAUAACCUGCAGUGUGAAAUCAACAAGCUGAAAACAGAGAGGGAGAAACUGAUCACAGAGAGGAGCCAGCUGAGCCAGCUGAAGUUGAAAACCUGUCACAAUGUCUCCGCUUUGUGCCAGAAAGUCUGCAACGAAGCCAACCUGCAGCCAGAGCAGCUCCAGGUGUUAGCCAAAUACACAACUCCAGACUGUCCACUGUCCGCUGUGUUCCCUCACAUAGACACACUCCUUUUACAGCCUGAGCUGCAGCAGCGACUUCAGGCUUCACUCACAGCCUCCUCUGUGAGCCCUCAUCAAUACAGAGCAUCAGAGGAGGCGUUGUCGAGCUCCAGCAAGGAUACAGUCACAGGAGAUGGUCAACAUUAGGUUUAGAAAUGACACUUAAAAGAACAUUCAAGGGGCGAUACAGCCUGUGGUAAUACAUCUGAUGAGACCAAAGACUCCUACCUUAUAUGAUACAGCAUCUCAGGACAUCAGCAUUGACUGUGGCUGGAUAGAUGGAAAUGAUUUACACAAUUUUUAAUUCAGUCAUACCAAAGUUUUAAUGUAAAAAUGAGACAGUUAUGCAUUCCAAGGGUCCAAAAUCGCUCACUUUACCUUUCCAGACAUUGUAUCGUUUUAAAUGUUCUCCUGUAUUGUAUGUUUCUAGCUUUGCAAAUAGCUUUUUAACAUUUUGUUAAAGUCAAAAGUACCUAUGGACAAAUCAACACAGUCAGAGUAAAUAAUGAAGAACUAAAUUAGCAAAGGACAAUCACACCUGCGGUGGUACAAUAUAAACAAUCCUAUAUGAAUAAUGUGAUUCUCUGCUGAGUAAACUCAGGGUAACUAACUCCUUACACUUGCUAUACUUUAUGCUUUUAUUGUGAAACAUUUUGGCACAGUUUGAAACAAUAAGGUUCUCAGGUCAUGAUAUCAGAUUCAGCACACACAUUACCUCUCACUGACAGUGUUGGUUCAAAACAACAUUUGGCACAGACAGAUCAGACUUGACGCAGCAUGCCAUGUUUACCUUCUGACUGUCAAAUUUAAGGCUGUCAUUGUGGCCUCCUGACCACGGUGACACAGCUCUCCUGGGCUGCACACACAACUCUCAGAUCUUUAUUUCACUCAACAAAACAAACCUCAAAAAUUGACCUUAAUAUGUUCAAUGUGUUUUGUAAACCCACAAACAUUUAUAGUAUUUUUUGUACGUGAACAAAGUACAGUUGGAGGAGAAACGCUGCCUCAUGGUGUGUAAUGAAAACAGCAGAAAUCAAAGCAGAGUGUGUUCUUUGUGUUACUCAGCCUGUUUAUCCUUCACAUCCUUAUCUUUAUUACAGUCAAGGGUGAAGAGAGCAAUGUAGCUAUAACUUUAUUAUAGUUACAGUGUGAGAUGAUUUAUCUUUUAUAAUUUGAGGCUUGUAUUAUCAACAGCACACAUUAUUUUUACUUUUUUAUGCAUCUGAUCUAUUUCUCUGUUUUUCUGUUUAGCUUCGUCAAUUAUCUCCCUAAGAAAAAGCCUUCAUUCUGCAAUUAUCGUACUUCGCAAAACUCUUGAAUCCUCAGAAUAAUUAUCUUUUUGAUAAUCAUUAUAUGUAUGAGAAAGCAGCAGGUUUUUUUAUUUGAACACAAUCUAAAAAGAAUAAUACCAUACUAAUAUAAAAAGUACUGAUUUUUUUCUAGGAAUUGUUGUGAGACACUUAGAGAAGCAGUGGUUCUCAAACUUGUGGGCAGCCCCACCCCCACCCACCCACCCCAAACAAAGUAUUGACUAAAAGGGACAAGCUUAACUUCAUUUAAACACAGCAAUAAUUAUCACAUUUUACAGUAUCAACAUAAAUUAAAUCUGCUUUAAUCAGUUAUUUAACAGAUCAGUGUUCAAUUUUUUUUGUAUUUCAUAUUUAGUCUCAGUCUUUAGAUUAAAAUAAUUUUAGUUCAGUCAAGAAAAGAGUUUGAGUUUGUUAAGAAAAACACUAUUUGCCAUAAUAUUUUUUGUCUUUAUUAGCAGUCAUUAAUUUGCUGUCAUGGCUGUUAUUUAUGUUUGGUGGUGUGGUUGUUCUUGGAUCCUCCUGCCCCUCCACAAGCCUAUGUGGAAAGCAGGAACAGCACAUGUUCCUGCUCUUCCUGUGCCUACAAGGAAAGUCUGAGGCAGGGAGGAAAGCAGCAAUAAACCCAGAGCAGAGGCAUCAGUGACAACAGAAUUACAGUAAUUAAGGCAGAUAUAGCAUAGAGGAGGAGCUGGGGUGGAGGAGGGUUGCAAAAAGCAACUUGCAGUGGGAGCAGCAAAGCAUAGCCAGGCUAGAGUAGUUUAAAUAAUGCAGCAUGAGUGCAAUUACCCAAUGGUGAAGUGAAUCAGCUGGCUGUCAGCUGACAAGGGCUGAGUGUGAUCAGCUGAUCUCAAAUAUAUAGCAGCGUCUCUGAUGCCUGCCUGAAAUAGCCCUACCUUACUCCACUUUAAAGGUGCAGUGUGUAAAAUCAAGCAACAUUAGCAACAUCAAACAGUCAGAUUGUAGAUUGCAUUGCUUAUUUCUGAUAGUUAAAGUGCUAACCAGUGGAAUUUUUGAAAACAGGUUUCUGUUAUUUGCUUCCAUUUGUGGUACUGUAGAAACAUGAAGAUAAAAAAAAAAAAUCCAAGACGGCAGACUCCAUGAAGGAGACCAUUCCUAUGUUUGAAUAAAAGGCUUGUUAUAAGUUAAUAAAAAAUGGGAAAAUACUGUAUAUAUUCAAGUAAUUAAACACUAGAUAUUCAGAUGGGCAUAUCUUUAAAUAUGGUUCAUUUUUACCAGUUUGUGCCGCGAACUACUAGGCUAAAUAUUACACACUGCACCUUUAAUCGAGGAAAACUCACAAACAUUUUGGACCAGUUUUAAAGUCCUUACAUUUUAGUCUUUAGUUGCAGUCAAUAUUUUUAGUCUAUUUGGACUCAUUUAAUCAGCCAAAUUGUAAAAUUAUUAGAAAUGAUAAACACUUGUAUUGAUAAAAGUCAUAGAAUUUGGAAAAGAUAAAAAGAUCAAUAGCCAGUAAUGUGGGAAAAGAAACUAAUUUGUUUUGUCUUGAGAUAUUUUCAAUUUUGCAUCCCACAACUAUGACUUAAACUUAUAAUUUUGAUACUUUAUCUCAUAUUUUCACCUUUUAAAUUCACUGUU